AUGGCGAGCAUUUGCUGGGAACUGGGAACUAUCUGCUGCUCCAAGACUUUGUUUUUGCUGUUUUCCAUCCUGCUGCUCCAGGGGCCUCUCUGCGGAGAGACCAGCCCCAUCUUCAGCACCCAUCGAAGGCAUCGCCCUGCUCCUGGGCAGGGAGACGGGCAUGGAGAAGUGGUGGAUCCAUCACUGCUAGAGCAGGACGGCAACAUGGACACACAGAGUCUGCUGGAGAGCUUGAAGGAACAGUUUCUGCAGACUUUCAACCUGUCGGGCUUGGGUCCUCCUCCUCUGCCCCCUGGAAGCCCUCAAGAAGAGCCGCCUGAGUACAUGAUGGAGCUCUACAACCGUUUUGCUAAUGACCGCACUGCUAUGCCCACUGCAAGCAUCAUCCGCAGCUUCAAAAAUGAAGAUUCAUCUCCCAGUGAUGUGGUUGUUGGAGGAGUGAGGCAUCACUCUCUCCUCUUCAAUGUGUCAGUCCCCCAUCAUGAAAGCAUCACAGCAGCUGAGCUUCACCUCUACACCCUUAUCCAGAACGACCGCCACCUUAGCACUGGCGUUGACCGCAAGGUCACUAUCUACGAGCUAGAACUGCAUGACGGGGAUGACAACGUAACAGAUGAGAGCACCAUGAGAGGAGAUGAACUCAGAGGAGGAGGGGAGCGAAUAAAGCUGGUGGAGUUGGCUUCCCGCCAGGUCUAUGGCACUGAUAAUGGCUGGGGGGCCUUUGACCUCACUGCUGCAGUGCACCGCUGGCGCAAAUCUGACCGUGGCACCACACACAGAUUGGAAGUGCACAUUGCCAGCAUGGCUAAUGAAGAUAAUGAUCAAGGUAUGACAGAAGACAGCAAAGACAGGAGUUCACCUGAAGGAGACAUGAAGAUUGACACCAGUCCUGAAGAAAAACACAAACCCCUGCUAAUCAUUUACUCCAACGACCAAAGCAGUGAUCAUCGUGAUGACAAGCGUGAGCUGAAUGAGAUGAUCGACCAUGAAAUCUCUAACAUGGUUCUACAGAACAAUGUAGGGACUGGUCUGAGCGGGCUGAAGGGUCAGCUAUGGCAGGACAGGGAGGAGGGAGAUGAAGAAAUUGUGCCAGGUGAAGAGGACCUCAUCCAAAUGCGAUCCAAUCUGAUCUAUGACUCAGCAUCCCGCAUUCGUCGCAAUGCCAAAGGCAACCACUGCAAGAAGAAAUCUCUGUAUGUAGAGUUCAAAGAUAUUGGAUGGGACAGCUGGGUCCUGGCACCCACUGGUUAUGAUGCCUUUGAGUGUACUGGCAUUUGUUCCUUCCCACUGACAAAGCACGUCACACCCACCAAGCAUGCCAUCAUCCAGACGCUGGUCAACAUCAACAGUCCCCAGAAGGCGGCCCGAGCUUGUUGUGUUCCGACCAAGCUGGACCCCAUCUCCCUGCUAUACCUGGAUGACACAGGUGUGGUCACCUACAAGUACAAGUUUGAAGGCAUGGUGGUGGCUGAGUGUGGCUGCAGAUAG